UGGCUCAUUAUCAGUAGUAACCAUGUGCUCUCGUGUUUUGUUUGUCUUGCUCUCGACUUUUACAGUUUUGGCUGGAGCCAGUGUUACCUGUGAUUUGACACAAAAACCUUCUACAUGGGCACAAGUACAUGCUAAGAAUAUCUUCUUCAAUGCUUAUGAGCCAGAUAAUUAUUUCAGUUUGAAUGGAUUCUGUGUCAAUAACGACUUUAUGUCACAUACUCUCACUUAUUCUUCCCAUGUGAAGCUUGCUGAUUCUUCUGUAAAAGUCAAGACCGACGUUGCACUUAAUACCAACUUUGACGCUUCACUUUCCAAUUGCGGAAAAGAUGUAUCCCAAGUUCAAUGGUGUCAAUCUCAUUGUCAAGAUAAAACACUCGAAAACGUCAUUGUAUCAUCUGCAGUUAUCAAUGGAAGUCUUCCACUUGCUCUAGCACAACAGGUUUUCUCAACGAUUGGAUCACCAAACGAUACUUCAAUCGCUUCAAUGCAAGUUGAUUUAAACUCACAAGGAGUUCGAAUCGAUUAUGAUUAUUAUGAUGAUUUCAACUUCUGCUCAGUUUAUGUGAAAGUGAAGAGGCCAUCCAUGUUCCCAUAUGCUCUAUUCAUUACGGUUCAAAAGAUUGUUGGAGUCUAAACAAAAUGUUUAUAUUGUCACUUCAAUAAUGGAAUUGAAUAAAUAUUUUUGAAAUAGUUAAAAU